GCAAAUUUCUCGUCGAACGGAGCAGAGUGAAAGGAUCGGCUCUCUCUCUCUCUCUCUCUCUCUCUCUCUUCUUCGCAUAGAUCCGCGAUUUCGCCACUAGAGGCGCCAUUCCAAUCUCCAAACCCUAGCUCGCUCUAAUCCCUAAUGGUCUCAUUGAAUGUUAAAUGUUGGCGUCACCUCGAUCAACAAGAAAACUAGGAUUUUUGCUGAUUCCUAGUUUGAAAAAGACGUGUAAGAUGAUCAAGAACAGUCUCAUUGAAUGUUAAAUGUUGGCGUCACCUUGAUCAACGAGAAAACUAGGAUUUUUGCUGAUUCCUAGUUUGAAAAAGACGUGUAAGAUGAUCAAGAACGGUCUCUUCGAAUGUUAAAUGUUGGUGUCACCUUGAUCAACAAGAAAACUAGGAUUUUUGAUAUUUAUAGUUUGAAUAAGACGUGUAAGAUGAUCAAUAACGUAUGAUAUGGAUCUGUCAGAAGGUAAAUUUACAUGUGGCCUUGGUAAAUAAGAAAAGUAGGAUGAUCAAGAAUGGCAUGGAUUCAGGGUGACUAUAACAGUGAGAUGCAGGAUUUUAAGCAGGGAUCUGACCAACAAUUAUUUACUGAUUAUUUUUCCUUAGAUGAGGAUUCUAGUAGCAGUGAUGAUGUACCAUUGGAUGGGCUACAUGAAGAACUUAAAGGAUGCAGUAAUGAUGAUGUACCAGCAAAUAUAUUUGCCAAUGGUACAAACUUGCAGGAGUAUACAAGGGGAGUUGAGAGCAACUUACGCAGAGAUGAACAGGGAUACCUUGAAACCUAUAUUGAAGAGAGUGAUAACUUGGUCCUACUGCAUGGUCAGUUUCAUGAUUGUGAAAUAAUUUUGUCACAAAUAGGUUCUCUUCUGGGUGGGUUCCAGGUGGAGAUUGGUUCCAUUAGUGCAGAAAUAAAGAGUCUUCAGGAGAAAUCUAUGGAGAUGGGUAUGAAGCUAAAGAACCGUAAGCUGGUGGAAUUGAAAUUGGCAAAAUUCAUCGAAGAAAUUAUAGCUCCCCCCAGUCUGGUGACAGCUAUUAUUGAUGGAGAGGUGAAUGAGGAAUAUCUGAGACACCUGGAGGUCUUAAGCAAAAAGCUGAAAUUUGUUGGAAUUGAUUAUAUGUUAAAUGCAUCAGAAGUUUUUCAGGAUGUUCAGCAAGAGAUGGACAGACUUCGACAAACGGCAGUAGCAAAGGUAUUUGAUUUCAUCAUUGAGAAGAUCUAUUCCUUGAGAAAGCCAAAAACAAAUAUUCAAAUGUUGCAACAAAACUCCCUUCUGAAAUAUAGGUAUCUCAUUCUUUUUCUCAAAGAACAUGGCAAAGAGAAAUAUCCAGAUAUUCUAGCAGCAUAUAUUGAUACGAUGAACAAGGUGUUGAGUGUGCAUUUCUUUGUCUACAUAGAAGCACUUGAGAGACUGCAGAUGAAUAUGGCAACACCAAAUGAUUUAUUUGGAAGUGACUCUAAAAGCUUGGGUGUUCUUUUGAGAGUGCAGGAACAUUCCCAAAAACGUUCUUCAAUCUUUGCUUUAGGGGAGAGGAUAAACAUUUUGAAGGAAGUUGAUCAACCGGCUUUGGUUCCACAUAUAUCAGAAGCCAAUGCUUUAAGAUAUCCAUACGAAGCUCUCUUUAGGAGCUUACACAAGCUUUUGAUAGAUACAUCCUGUUCAGAGUACCUUUUUCUUGAGGCCUUUUUUGGAGAAGCAUCACUAUUGUAUGAAAUCUUUGCAGGAGCUUUCACAGUUAUUGAUGAACAUUUGAAACUAGUACUUCCAAAUUGUUAUGAUGCGAUAUGCUUAAUGCUUAUGAUCUGCAUAACACGGAAGCACCAGGUAAUUAUGUCCAGGAGGCGGAUUCCUUGUCUGGAUUCGUACUUUGAUAAGGUCAAUAUUUUCCUUUGGCCAUGUUUCAAGAAAGUAAUUGAUAUGCAUCUGCAAUGUCUGAAAAAUUGUGAUGUCAAAACAUUAUGGGAGGAUGACACUCACCCACACUAUGCAAUACGGUGCUAUGCUGAGUUUGCAGCCUCCCUUAUUCAGCUCAAUGUAGAAUAUGGAAAUAAUCAGCUUGAUAUGAACUUGGAGCAAUUGCAUAUGGCAAUUGAUAACCUACUUGUCAGGCUGGCCGAACGAUUUAGAAUACCAAAAUCACAAGCUUUGUUCCUUCUUAAUAACUAUGAUAUGAUUAUAGCUGUCUUGAAGGAGGCAGGUGACAUUGGAAAAAUUCCAACAUUCUUUGAAGAAAAGCUUGAAAGCAAUAUUUCUUUGUUUGUGGAGGAAUUGCUUUCGGAGCAUUUUACUGAUCUGAUCAAGUUUGUGAAGGCUUACGACGAUGAAGAGUCAACUUCCUUCACAGGAAGUCCAACAAUUGCUGAUGUUGAACCUUUGGUGAAGGACUUUGCAAUGCGGUGGAAAGCCGUUCUAGAGGCAAUGCAUAAAGAUGUCAUUACUUCAUUUAGCAAUCUUUCAUGUGGAAUGGAAAUUCUAAAAGCUGCGAUGGCGCAGUUGUUGAACUACUAUAACAGUCUCUCAGAAUGCGUGAAGAUGAUCCCCCGCAGUUCAACUUUAAACAAGUACCUGGUUUCCAUCACCUCAAUAUCCUACGAAAUCAGGAAAUACUCAAGGACAUUCUAGUCAGCAUGCUCGCAACAUUUUUAAGUUACAGAAGUAGUUGAAUGAGAAAAUUAAUCAUCUAGACUCAUGAAUCCUGCGAUUUUGUUUUAAAGCGCAGUAUUCAGUUCUUAUCACGAACCUCCUAAUUCUUUUUUUUUCAAAAAAGAAAUAAAAAUAAUGGCAUGUGUGGGCCUGAUUGGAGCUUUUGCAAAAGUGCUUUUUCAGUCUAGAACAAUAUACAAAUGGAGAAAAGGCCGAAUUUGAGGGAAUUCAUGGAACUAACGAAGACAAUAACUGAAACAACUGGUUACCAAUGCAGCAAUCCGGCGAACACAUUUACCAAGCCUUGAAUCAAAGUCUUUCUGAACAGCAUCUUGAUGGAUCGGCAUUCCGUACGUGGGAGACGGAACAAAGUAGCGCUGAUAUGAAGAAGCAUACAGAGGAGUAAUCUCCGAGAAUGGGGUCGCCUCGGCAGAGUUCACAAGGUUCACAAACGGUGGCAAAGGCGGAGCAGAGGGUUCAGGCCACGGCCAUACUGGGCAAUUGCAGCGGGGGCAGGAGGGAUCGGCUGGUUGGGUAAGUGUGUUGGGCUUCCUAUUCUUCUUUCUCCUCUUCAGUUUAGACCAGAUUUUGAGCUUCUUCAGUGUUUUGAUCAUUGAAAUGGAUGCAGAGGGGUUUGCUAAAAUAUGAGCUUCAGUUGGUAGGUAUGAAAUUCGGUCUCUUUGAAAAGGAAUGGGGAGUUUAUUUCGGAUUUGCUUUGAUUUGAAUUCAGGGGAGCGUUGCCAUAUUUGUAUGUGACCGUUGGGGGUUUUGGUCCCACCCACGUGGUUUCCACUGGUGAAAAUAUUAAAUUGGUAAAAAUGUAUGGAGACCCCCUCAAUGAUAGGCCUUUCUGAAACAAACCCCUGAACUACAUAUUUUCUCCUUUUUUAUUGGGACCUCUCAAACGUUUGAUUUUUUAGAAGUGAUUUUUUUAGCCAAAUAAAUUGGGAAUUUUACCAAAUUGAUUGAUAAUUUCAUCAAGUUUAAUAGUUUAAACUACUUUGUGGUGAAUAAUAUUAGAUUAGUUAACUGUUGAUAAUAGCAAAUUAAGCUAUGAAAUUCAAUCAAAAUUUUAUCUUAAUUAACUGUAAAAAAUUAAUUUUUUUAAAAAAAUAGAAGUUAGGGUGUCAAUCAAAAAGGUCAAAACUUAAGGGGUCCAUUUCAGAAUGGCCUAGAGGUGAGUGGUCUCCAUACAUUUUGCCUUUCAAAUUUUGAAGAAUCCACUCUGUCAAAGCAGUAUUGAUAAAAAAAUCCUACAGUUGAAAGUGCAGGGUCCCUUUAGAAUUAAUCUCUGAAUUCCAUGUCAAUAUCUUCAUAAUGCAACAUAUUUUUUUUUA